AAAAUAAAGUUGAGACAAUGUUCAAUCCAGCUGAACAAUCUGUAGACUUUAAGGGUGAAGCAAUAACGUUUAAAGCAACAAGUGAAGGUGUAUUGGCGACUUUGCAGCAUUGUGUCGAAUUAAUGGUUCAACGAGAAGAUGCAUGGCGUCGUAGAUGGGAAAAAGAAGUUGAGAAAAAGCGAAAAGUCCAAGAACUGUACAAGGCUCUGAAAGACCAGGUUGCUAUGCAACAAAGUGAUUCUCCCAGGCCCCGAGUUUUGAUUCAUGGAGGUCCAGAUUAUGAGGAAGGUCCACAUAGUGCACUCUGUGAUGAAGAAUUCUAUGAUGCAGUAGAAACUGGAUUAGAUAAAAUUGACGAAGAAAAUCAGCUGAGAGAUCGCUUGAAACAAAAGUCAGUUUCAAUUUCAGCUACUCCUACAAUGUCAGCAGUUAAGCACAAACUUUAUCCGGAGAUAGAGAAAAUAACGAUGGAACAAUUGCAUUAUGCACGUCUUGGAGUAGGAGCCGGUGGUUGGCAAUUAUUUGCCGAAGACGGCGAUAUGCGAAUGUACAGACGCGAAGAAGAAGCGGAUGGCUUGGUGGUGGACCCUUUGAAAGCGUGUCACGUUGUGAAAGGAGUUACGGGUCACGAAGUUUGUGAAAUAUUCUUUAGUCCUGAAUAUAGAACAGGAUGGGAAGCUACGCUUGAAGACAUGACCGUGAUUGAAAGUAUUUCUAAAGACACUCUAAUAUUUCUUCAAACGCAUAAACGAAUUUGGCCGGCAAGUCAAAGGGAUGCAUUAUUUUGGUCACAUAUACGCCGAGUCUCAGAUGAUCAAGAUCCUGAUGCACAUGAUUUAUGGAUAGUCUGUAAUCAUAGUACGGAGCAUUCCAAAUAUCCGCCAAACACUGGGAAAUGCGUAAGAGUUUAUUUAACUGUUUGCCUUGUGUGUCAAACUUUCAUUGAUCCUCCGCAAGAUGAGGAAGAAAUAAAAAGAGAAAAUAUAACAUGCAAAAUAACUUAUUGUUCUGUUGUCAACCCAGGUGGAUGGGCUCCAGCGUCUGUUUUACGUGCUGUUUAUAAAAGGGAAUAUCCAAAGUUCCUUAAGCGGUUCACUAAUUUUUGUAUUGAUCAGUGCAAAGAUAAACCCAUUAAAUUCUAAGGGUAACUGGUAGAACUUCCAUAUUUUCUAUCCAAUUCCUCAUUCAUUACACCAAAACUUUUCUGUCUUGGUGUUUUAUUGUAUCAAAGAGAAAUUUAAAUCAAGUUACAAAUUAAAUAAUAGAAAUUUGGAAACGAAAAUUCUCCCAAGUAUAAAUGAAAGUGUUUUAUAUACUGUUUUUUUUAUUUGCUUAAUAUGACACGUAUAGGUGCGUUUAAGGCACGUUCACACAUACAUACACACAGCUUAUGAAACAGGAUACGAACUGUUGCAUUGAAAGUGAUUUAUGAAAA